AUGCAUUUAUACAACUUGACCCUUCAAUCACCCACCGCAAUCACCCAUGCUGUCGCGGGUAACUUUUCCGGAUCCCGACACCAAGAAAUCAUUGUAUCCCGCGGAACCCGAUUGGAGCUGCUGCGUCCCGAUGUGCAAAGUGGAAAAGUCGCAACGGUCAUUGCGAGCGACGUUUUUGGGUCCAUCCGGUCCCUCGCCGCUUUUCGCCUGACGGGAGGUACCAAGGACUACGCUGUCGUAGGCUCUGACUCCGGCCGCAUCGUCAUCCUGGAUUAUGACCCCAAAACGAGUAGUUUUGUCAAAGUGCACCAGGAAACGUUUGGCAAAUCUGGUUCUCGGCGGAUCGUUCCCGGUCAAUACCUUGCGACUGACCCAAAAGGACGGAGUGUGAUGAUCUCAGCUGUCGAGAAAACGAAGCUGGUGUACAUUCUCAACCGAGAUGCUGCCGCCAACUUGACCAUCUCGUCCCCACUGGAAGCUCACAAGAACAAUUCGAUCAUCCACCACAUUAUCGGCUUGGAUGUUGGCUUCGACAAUCCGAUGUUUGCAGCUCUCGAAGUAGACUACUCCGAGUCCGACCAGGAUCCGACGGGGGAGGCAUUCAACAAUGCGGAGAAGAUGUUGACAUAUUAUGAAUUGGAUCUUGGACUUAAUCAUGUCGUUCGAAAAUGGAGCGAGCCUACAGACCCGCGCGCCAACCUCCUUGUGCAGGUCCCUGGGGGCCAAUUGGCCUCGUCAGAUCGAUAUGAUGGGCCUUCUGGUGUGUUGGUGUGCUGCGAAGACCAUAUUAUUUACCGACAUAUGGAUGCGCCCCAGCAUCGUAUCCCCAUCCCACGAAGACAACAUCCCCUUGCAGAUCACGGUAGAGGCCUCAUCAUCACAGCGGCAGUAAUGCACAAAAUGAAGGGUGCAUUUUUCUUUCUGCUUCAAAGCGAAGAAGGGGAUCUUUACAAGGUCACUAUCGAACACGAAGAUCAGGAUGUCAAGGCUCUGAAAAUCAAGUAUUUCGACACCGUACCUAUCGCUUCCAGCCUUUGUAUCCUGAAGUCUGGUUUCCUCUUCGUGGCGUCGGAGUUCGGCAAUCACUACCUGUACCAGUUCCAAAAACUGGGUGAUGACGACAAUGAACCUGAAUUUUCGUCGACGGAUUAUCCAUCCUUCGGGAUGGCAGACCCCUCGUUCGCCCUCCCGCACGCGUACUUCAAGCCCCGUGCCUUAGAUAAUUUGACCCUCGUUGAUGAGAUGGAAUCUCUUUGUCCUAUCCUUGACUCCAAGGUCAUGAACCUGUUGCCAAACUCAGACACUCCACAAAUCUUCGCCGCAUGUGGACGAGGGGCGCGGAGCUCGUUUAGAAUGCUUCGCCAUGGCCUCGAAGUCGAAGAAGUGGUCAGCUCGGAUCUCCCGGGAAUUCCUAACGCUGUGUGGACGACGAAACUCAAGGAAGACGACCCCUUCGACUCGUACAUCAUCUUGUCUUUCGUCAACGGUACUCUGGUCCUUUGCAUCGGUGAGACGAUCGAAGAAGUGCAAGAUACUGGUUUCCUUUCCUCGGCUCCUACUCUUGCUGUACAACAAAUUGGCUACGAUGCCUUAUUGCAAGUACACCCGCACGGUAUUCGCCAUGUCCUCAGUGACAAACGAGUCAACGAAUGGAGAGUCCCCCAGGGCAAGACGAUUGUCGCGGCCACCACAAACAAGCGCCAGGUCGUCGUUGCGUUGAGCUCUGCCGAGCUUGUGUAUUUCGAGUUGGAUCUUGACGGCCAGCUGAACGAGUACCAGGACCGCAAGGCGAUGGGUAGCACUGUCUUGGCUCUCAGUAUUGCAGAGGUGCCCGAAGGCCGACAACGUACGCCUUUCCUAGCCGUUGGAUGUGAAGAUCAGACAGUCCGAAUCGUAUCGCUCGACCCUGAGAGUACGCUCGAGACGAUCAGUCUGCAAGCGCUGACGGCCCCGCCCUCUGCUAUCUGCAUUGCCGACAUGCUCGAUGCGGGUAUCAACAAAACGCAUCCGACAAUGUUUGUCAACAUCGGCUUGCAAAAUGGCGUUCUCCUACGGACAGUGCUUGAUCCUAUCAACGGUCAGCUCACGGACACCCGGACGAGGUUCUUGGGUACACGUCCAAUCCGCCUUAUCCGCGUGCAAAUCCAGCGGAAUCCGGGCAUUCUCGCGUUAUCAUCGCGAUCAUGGCUCAACUACACCUACCAAAACCUCAUGCAUUUCACUCCCCUCAUCUUCGAGAACCUCGAUUACGCGUGGAGCUUCUCCGCUGAACUUUGUCCAGAGGGUCUCAUCGGCAUAUCCGGCAGCGUCCUAAGGAUUUUCCAAAUCCCGAAGCUGGGUACGAAGCUGAAGUCGGACGCAAUCCCGCUCUCGUACACCCCUCGCAAAUUCAUCCCGCACCCGGCAAACGGUCUAUUCUAUCUGAUUGAGGGCGACCAUCGCGUACGUAGCGAUGCCGCCUCUGCGCAGGCGAUUGAUGAUCUACGGCGGCAAGGGAAGAUGAUUGAUGAAGAAACAGUUGAUCUACCUUCCGAGGUGUUCGGUCGGCCAAAGGCCCCCGCCGGCACCUGGGCUUCAUGUAUCCGCAUCAUUGACCCUGUGGAUGCAAAAACGGUGAACGUGAUCCCACUAGACAACAAUGAGGCGGCGUUCUCCCUCGCGAUCGUCCCCUUCGCUGCACGGGGGAAUGAACUGCAUCUCGUCGUUGGCACGGCACAGGAUACAUUUUUGGCGCCGCGCUCAUGCACUAGUGGCUUCCUCCGUACAUAUCGAUUCACAGAGGAUGGACACAAUCUCGAGCUGUUACAUAAGACGGAGACAAACGACGUCCCGCUUGCAGUUAUGGCCUUCCAGGGGAAGCUUGUCGCGGGUGUAGGCAAGGCGCUGCGACUAUAUGACAUGGGAAAGAAGAAACUUCUGAGGAAGGUUGAAAACAAGAGUUUUUCAUCAGCGAUUGUUACUCUCAACACCCAAGGCUCUAGGAUCCUAGUUGGCGACAUGCAAGAGUCUGUCUUUUACGCAGUCUACAAGCCCCCAGAAAACAAGCUGCUCAUCUUUGCGGACGACACACAGCCACGGUGGAUCACUGCAACGGCAAUGGUCGACUACAAUACCGUUGUCGCUGGAGACCGUUUUGGCAACGUCUUCGUCAAUCGCUUAGACCCAAAGGUCUCGGACCAAGUAGACGACGAUCCAACCGGCGCUGGCAUCCUGCACGAAAAGGGCAUUCUCGCCGGCGCCCCGCACAAGACGCAGAUGCUCGCGCACUUCCACGUCGGCGACCUCGUCACGUCGAUCCACAAGGUGUCGCUAGUCGCAGGCGGGCGCGAGAUUCUGCUAUACACAGGGUUGCACGGGACGAUUGGCAUCCUAGUACCAUUCGUGUCGAAGGAGGACGUGGACUUUAUCUCGACGCUGGAGCAGCACAUGCGAACGGAGCAGCUCAGCAUAGUCGGGCGGGACCACCUUACGUGGCGCGGGUACUACGUGCCUGUGAAGGCGGUCGUGGACGGUGACCUAUGCGAGUCGUUCGCGCGGCUGCCGGCGGGCAAGCAGAGCGCGAUCGCGGGCGAGCUGGACCGGACGGUGGGCGAGGUGCUGAAGAAGCUGGAGCAGCUGCGUGUCACGGCAAGUGGGUUCUAG